CUUGUUUUGCAGUGUUCUUGGAGUAUUGUCAUGCUGGGCUCUGAUGGGUUUGAUUCUGUAAAGAGAGACUCCCUUGGGUCACUUAGACUCUGGAGCCUUUUCUGUAUUAGAUGUCUGCACGGAUGGACUCUCCUCUGAUGUAACAAAGCUGUUCUUUACUAUAUGAUUGCUUUGUGGAUUUAUUUCUGGGGUCCUUGAGAUGACUGAAGGCUCCAAAUGUGGAUUGGAUUCUGAAGGGAGAGGAAGCUGCAGGUGCAUGGUGCUGGAGGAAAGCAAGAGGGCUAUUCCCUGUCAUGAGGAAUGAGAGGUGGAAGGGGAGUGCCCUUUUGCUAAAGGACAUGUCUGUGCUUCAUGACGUGAUGGUGUAGGUAUUUUUAAAAUAUUUCCUUAAGGGGAAAAUAACCAACAGAAGAUACAAGGAAUGCAGCAACAGACCAGGGGAGGGAAAGUCUUCACAACGAGGAGAGAAAGAAAAAGUAAAUAAAAUAAGAAGAACAUAAAAUACGAAAAAAAUAUGGACAAAGAAGAAGUGGAAUCAAAAGAAGCAAUGGAAGGAAUCAUUGCAAGGAAGAGGAAUUAGAAGUUUAUCCCAAAGACAUGUUUACUGCCAGUACUAUCUAAACAUUUGGAAAGAAUAUUGGUAAAGGAAAUAGAAGCACAGAAGAGAUAAGGAAGGAAAAUGAGAAGGAGGAUGUAAAAAUAUGACAGCCUGAAGAAGCCAUAGGGAAAGAGAACCAGGAAAUAGAAGGGAAAGAGAGAACAAAAGAAGGGAAACAAUAGCAGAGGAAAAUGAAGGAGAAAAGGAUAUAACAAGGAAGGCGACUAUAGAAGAAAAAAAUAAGACAGAAAGGGAGUAAGGAAGCAGCGAAGAAAGAAGAAAAUGGAAACAAAGAUAAGAAAUAUAAAGGACCAGAUGAGCAGGCACCGACCUUAUGUUUCCACGCUGUGAAGAGCUGCUCCGGAACAGCCUUUCCCCGGUUGGAGCACCACGCCCUGGCGCAGAUAUACUACAACUGGCGCAGAUAUCCCAUAACUGGCACUGAUAACUCCAACAGUGAUGGUCUCCACCGCGGCAUAGGACGCAACUGGCAAAUUGCCGACGGGAGUAAAGAAGAGCGAAGAUUGGAAAGUAAGGUAAAAUGGUAUAAAGAUUAGGGCAGGGCAAUAAAGCAAAAGGAGAACUAGGAGAGGAAGCAAUAGAAAAGAAGGGGAAGACUAAACAGGAAACAGUAGGAAAAGGAAGGGAAAGGCAAACCGAUGAAAACCAGAGAAAUGACGGAAGGAAGAGAGCAAGGAGAAGAUGAGGGAAAGAAAUGAAUCUAUGCACGCAAACAGCAAUCGAUAAAGAAAAGGAAACAGGAAAAAUAAGCGGAGCAGAGAGGAACAGACGGCAGAGGGGAUGUUCUUCAAGGAGCGGAGACAGAAGCGCUGUGGCUGUGGCGUGUGCGGCGGCGGAGCAGCGCACGGUGUCGCUGCAGGCUCAGGAACGGCUCGGUGCGGGCGGCUCCGCCCCGGUGCGGCGGAGAGCCCGGCUGUGAGAGCGGGGGGGCGGCGCGGGCCGGGCAGCAGAGCCGGUGCGUCCGGGCGGCGGCGGGGAGCUGUGUGGGGCCCGGGCCGGGGCCGGCAGCCACAGCGGCAAGAGCGGCGGCGGCGGCGGCAGGGAGGAUGGGCGAGCGGUGGUGUGCGGCGGCGCUGCGGGUGCUGGUGCUGCAGGCGCUGGCCUGGGCGCUGGCGGGCGGGCAGGUGCGCUACUCGGUGGCGGAGGAAGCCAAGGCCGGCACGGUGGUGGGCCGUCUGGCGCAGGACCUGGGCCUGGAGGCGGGCGAGGCGGAGGCGCGGCGGCUGCGGCUGGUGGCUCCGGGCCGGCGGGCGAGCGUGGAGGUGAGCGGGGCGAGCGGCGCGCUGCUGGUGAGCUCGCGGCUCGACCGGGAGGAGCUGUGCGGCAAGAGCGCGCCGUGCACGCUGCGCCUGGAGGUGCUGCUGGAGCGGCCGCUGCGCGUCUUCCAUGUGCAGCUGGAGGUCACCGACAUCAACGACAAUGCCCCCGUCUUCCCCGCCGCCCGGAAAAACCUCAGCAUCGCAGAGUUAUCUACGAUGCCCGGGUCUCGUUUCCCGCUGGAGGGCGCGUCAGAUGCGGAUAUCGGGGUGAACGCGCAGCUCUCCUAUACACUCAGCCCCAGCGAGCAUUUUUCUCUGGAUUUACAAAAAUCGAAUGAUGGAAACACGGAGCCCGAACUUGUUUUAACGAAAUCUCUGGACCGCGAGACGAUUCCCGUGCACCGGUUGGUGCUGACAGCGAGUGACGGGGGCCGGCCGUCUCUGACGGGCACCAUGGAGCUGCUGAUCUCGGUGCUGGAUGCGAAUGAUAAUGCCCCUCAGUUCAACCAGACGGUGUAUAAAGUGCAGCUGCUGGAAAGCGCUGCUGUAGGAACGUUGGUGACGAGGGUGAAUGCCACGGAUCCGGAUUUGGGAAGUAACAGUGAAUUGACCUAUGCCGUGACGAACUUUAUUCCCCCGAGUGGAAAUGAUGUGAUUUCCAUCAAUCCUAAUAGCGGGGAAAUUCUCCUUACGGGCGCCCUAGACUUCGAGGAAGUCAAGGUAUUUAAUUUUCGUCUGGAAGCGAGAGACAAGGGGACACCGCCUCUGUCGGGCCACUGCAAGGUGGUGCUGGAGGUGCUGGACGUGAACGACAACGCGCCGGAGGUGUGGGUGACAUCGCUGUCGGUGCCGGUGGCGGAGGACGCGUCGGUGGGGACGGUGGUGGCCCUGCUGAGCGUGUCGGACCGGGACUCGGGGGAGAACGGGCGCGUGCGGUGCUGGGUGUGGCCGGCGUCGCCGUUCGGUCUGGAGGCGACGUUCGCGGGCUCGUACUCGCUGGUGCUGCGCGAGGCGCUGGACCGGGAGCGGGUGUCGGAGUACGAGGUGGAGGUGCGUGCGGAGGACGGCGGGGCGCCGGCGCUGCGCGCCAGCCGCGGGCUGCGGGUGCCGGUGUCGGACGUGAACGACAACGCGCCCGUGUUCGCGCAGGCCGUGUACACGGUGCUGGCGCGGGAGAACAACGCGGCGGGCGCGGAGCUGGCGCGGCUGUGGGCGCGGGACCCGGACGAGGCGGGCAACGGGCGCGUCAGCUACUCGCUGUGGGAGGGCGGCGUGGGCAGCGGGGGCGGCGGCGGCGGGGCCGCGGGAUCGUCGUCGUCGUGGUCGGGCGGCGGGUGGCGUCCGGCGUCGAGCUACGUGUCGGUGGACGCGGAGAGCGGGCGCCUGUGGGCGCUGCAGCCCUUGGACUACGAGGAGCUGCAGGUGCUGCAGUUCGAGGUGCGCGCGGUGGACGCGGGGGAGCCGCCGCUGAGCGGCAACGCCACGGUGCAGCUCUUCGUGCUGGACGAGAACGACAACGCGCCGGCGCUGCUGCCGGCCGCGGGCUCGGCCCCGGAGGCGGGCGCCGUGGCGGCGGCCGAGGCGGCGGCGGCGUCGGGCGUGGGGGCGGGCUCGGCGUCGGGCACGCUGUGGGCGUGGGCGGCGUGGGGGGCGCCGGCGGGGCAGGUGGUGGCCAAGAUCCGCGCCGUGGACGCCGACUCGGGCUACAACGCGUGGCUGCGCUACGAGCUGUGGGAGCCGCGGGGCAAGGGCCCGUUCCGCGUGGGGCUCUACAGCGGCGAGGUGAGCACGGCGCGGGCGCUGGACGAGGCGGACGGGCCCCGCCAGAGGCUGCUGAUCGUCGUGCGCGACCACGGCGAGCCGGCGCGCUCGGCCACGGCCACGCUCAGCGUGUCGCUGCUCGAGGCGGCCGAGGCGGCGCUGGCCGCGGGCUCCUCCUCGUCGUCGUCGUCGCCGUCGCGCUCGGCCGUGGGCGUGGAGCUGGGGCCCGGGGCGGCGAGCGCGGCCACCAACGUGUGGCUGGUGGUGGCCAUCUGCGCCGUGUCCAGCCUGUUCCUGCUGGCCGUGGUGCUGUACGGGGCGUCGCGCUGGGCGCCGCGGGCGGCCGUGCUCUCGGGGCCCGGGCCCACCACGCUCGUGUGCGCCAGCGAAGUGGGCAGCUGGUCGUACUCGCAGCGCCACAGCCGGAGCCUGUGCGUGGCCGACGGCGCCGCCAAGAGCGACCUCAUGGUUUUCAGCCCCAACUUCCCCCCUCCGCCGCCGCCGCCCGGCCCCGCGCCCAAGGACACGCAGCCGGAGCCCUCCGCUCUCCUCGACACGCCAAAACACCCCAACCCGGACUGGCGCUACUCUGCAUCCCUGAGGGCAGGAAUGCAAAGUGCUGUGCAUAUGGAGGAGCAAGGAGUCCUGCGUGGAGGAGCAGCAGGGCCUGACCAGCAGUGGCCAACAGUCUCCAGUGCUACAGCAGAACCUGAGGCGGGAGAGGUGUCCCCCCCAGUGGGAGCUGGUGUGAACAGCAACAGCUGGACCUUUAAAUUCGGACCGGGCAAUUCCAAACAAGGUGGUCCUGGUGAGUUGCCAGACAAAUUCAUUAUCCCAGGAUCUCCUGCAAUCAUCUCCAUCCGGCAGGAGCCACCAAACAGCCAAAUUGACAAAAGUGACUUCAUAACCUUUGGCAAGAAAGAAGAGACCAAGAAAAAGAAGAAAAAGAAGAAGGGAAACAAGACUCAGGAGAAAAAAGAAAAGGGCAACAGCACCACUGAGAACAGUGACCAGUGAGGGAGUUAUACUCAAAAAACCCUCUUAGCCAGUUUUUGUAAUAAUGGCAGAUUUCUCCUAUGUAGCAAAUCCCAACUUCUUCCUACUGUUAUCAAAUUUCCUGUAUGUACAGACUUGAGAAAAUCAGCAGGAAAUUCAGUGUCUGUCUAAAUUGCUUAACAGGUUUUGUCUUAAAAGCUUUAUUAAGUCUGGUGUUAACUCUUUUUCUCCACUCUGGCUUGUUUUCAGAAUCUAAAAAGCAGACACAAGUUUCCUUUCUCCUACGCCGAAAAGGAGAAUCUUCACAGUACAGCCAGUGAGAGGUUGGACUCUGCACUGUGGUUCCUGUGCUCCUGUCUUGAUGACACUUACAGGACAGGUUUAAAAGUUUUAAUGUUGUGCACCCUCUAUCUGAUUGGAAAUAUUUGUGUGCAGAUGUCAGCUAGGUGAUAUGAGAUCAGAUUAUAAAAUGCAAGAAGAGCUGGUAAAUAUGCAACAGAGGAAACACCUAAUGAACACAAAUGUUUAAAGAUGUUCAGGCUGGGGAGAAAAUGUCUGAAAGGAGAUGAGCAGACUUGUCAAAUCCUGAGAAGUCACUGUGUGGAAAUACUGACUCCUAUACAUGACGUAUUGUACACACUGCUUCAAAUGAAACCUCACAUUUACAGCUCUUUAAGACACCAUAAAUUCUAUCUCUUUACCAAGCAAGCCAUUGGAAAAAUUGUCCCUUAAAGCCCUGCAUUACCCUGGUAAGGCUAGCCCUCAGAGAGUAACAAGGGCUGGGCUGACAUCCCAGGAAUGUAACUGUGAUGCUGUGUGUCCCUAUUUCCACAAUAUUUGCACAUUAUGUCUCUGAAAAGGUCAGAGUUUUUCCACGACACUUAUGCAAAAGAGAGAAAAAAGUAACAUUAACUAUGCUAUUUGUUAUUUGAGAUAUUUAUUUAUAAAGAAAUAUAGCUGUAAAUGUUAAAGAAAUAUGAUGCCCUUUAACCCAAACAGAAGUCAAUCUAGAGCCAUUAUAAAUUACAAUUGCUGCUAUUAAAGUGCUUUAGAAAAAUUGCCUGAAACAUCUGUAUUAUAUCGGCCACUUGCCAAUAACAGCUUUAUUCUGUCGGGUGACUUGGGGGCUGCCUCUUGCAUGUAUUAACAAAUACAAGAAUAUCUUCUUUUUUUGUUUUUUGCAUUAUUCUGCACUUUGAAUACACCUUUGCAAACAAACUGUCCUACUAUGAAGAAGCAGAUGCAAACUCCUCACACAAAUGGAUUUACUAACCUGCUAGCUCUGUGCAGUACCUUGGUGUUACCUCCCACACGACCUUUUCUGAUUUUAGUUUUACUUUUCUAUGAGAUUAUGAACUUCUGAUCCUACUAACACUCCUUAUGUAAAAUUCAAGUACUGUAUGUAUGCUGUAUGCUCUUAUAAGAAUCCUGAAAUAUUUAUUCUGUGCUUGUGUAUGUGAAUGUCAAUGCAACUAUUAUUAGAGUGGACUUUAAGCUUUACCGUUGAAUGUAAAUUCAUUAUUUCUUUUUUGUACACUUGUGGAAAAGUGGAGUAGUGUUAAUUUUUUAAGCCACUGUUGAUUAUCAGUUUUUUUUGUGUAUGAAACACAAGUAAACUAUCUUUCUUAAACCAAGCCAUGCAUGCAUUUUGGGAUUUAUUGGUAAGAAUCUGUGAAGCUGAAGUUCUGUGAAUUACUAAACCUAAGGGUAUAAAUGGAGUACUGAAUGUGGUUGAGGAUGUUGAUUUAAAACCAAUACAUGUAUUUUUAAAUAGAAUAUAGCUGAUGAGGGAAUUCCAAGGAGUUUUGUACGUUAUUGUACAUUCACAGAAUAAAGCUCAAGUGUCGUGUUAAUUGGAACUGUGUAAGAAACUACAUAGCUCUGAAAUUUCCAAAGGCCCUUUAAUCUAGGAUCAAAGAGAACAACUGGAUUUCUUGAGACAUGUCCUGGAUGUUUUAAGUUUCCAAACUGCUGACAGUUCAGAAUAGAACAAUUCCUAUUCAUUUUUAAGAACCUGCAGCAAAUCUUAAAACAUCACAGCAAAGCUCUAAUAAAAGAAUUCAUAUCUCAAAGCGUGAACCACCAAUGGCCUCAUGUGGUCUAUUUAGAGUUUUGUUACCAGUCUUGUUUUACUGGCAAUAAAAAGGUGCUACUUAAGAAAGAGAAUCUUUGAUUCACUUUUAAAAGCUAGACAAGAGGACAAAAACUUAAGCUUUGGGGAGGGAGCUGUUCUUUUAUGCAAAUGUGCUAUGCAAGUACAUUUAGGUGUUUAUUUUUAUUUGGUGACUAAUCCAACAGCUCCCAAAACGUUCAUCAACUGUAGUUACAGUGGUAGCUUAAACACACAGAAGAAUACUGUUGUUAUGUAUUCAUCAUAAAAUAGCUCUCUCAAUGUCUCUGGCAAAAAUUCAGUACAAAGAUUUAAUUCUUACAGGAAUCUUCUACCCUUGAUUAUUUUUAGAUUUUAAUUGAAUAUUGGUUUUUCUUUUAAGUGCUUGCAUUUUCCCCUAUGCAAGCGAGUCUGACUCAUUCAUUUUUCAUCAGUGGCCAUACACAGCUGGUUUUCCAAGGCUUGCAUCUAUUAAAAUGAACCAAGAGCUGCAGCAUGUCUCAGAUUUGCUGGUUUAAACACAAAAUUACAUUUACCAAUGCUGCCUUUAUUGCAGGUGCUUACUGCAGGGGUACUGUAUGCUUGAGUGCCUUGGGAGACAAAACAUAAUCUGAAGAUAAUCAUUCCAGCAUGAUUAUCAAUGAUGAUAAUCAUUCCAGUCUGGAGAGCUGAUAGAACAGAGAAAAAACUCUCAGAGGAGAGGAGGAGCUCUUGCUGGAAUUGUUUGAAAAGAGGCUGGGUUGCACUAGGAGGAUAUACAUCCCACACACUCAUUGUGUUUUCAGAAGACUGAAUCAUGCACCUCACCAGAUUUUAUAAAGAUUUUUCUAUAUUUGGACUCUCUGGGACAACAGGAAUGCUGAGAUGUCUACAGUGACAUUUGGCUAUUUCAUAACUAAUAUACAAAUUAUACCAUUGACAUCCUUGAUUUUGGGUGGCCAGAAGGAGAAACCCUUGGCAAGAAGUGUGAUUGGAGAACCAGGGGUAGGUGGGGGCAGAACCUGCACAUUCCACCACAGUUUUGUGGUUACUGUUUUAACAGCACGCAACAAUGGAAAUUGAGAACCAGAGGUGGCCAAUAACAGCAUAAAUUAAGAAAAAAAUUCUUUAAUCCUCCUGCUGACAAUGAAAUGAGCACGACUAAAUACACUGCAGGGUUUGCUAACAAGGAAAUUACAGUUUUGGGGCUUUUUACCACUUGAACAAUUUAUGUCUUUCAGAAUCCAUAUAUACUCUCUGUGAGCAUAUUGUCUUUGGAAGUCUGGUUUCUAUGCAUACAAGAUCAGUGAUGAAAACUACUGGGCUUUUAUAACAAUAAACCUGAGCUAUGUUGUAUAUCAAUUACAUCCUGUCAUUAAAAAAAUAUCUCAUUUUACAUUA